UUUUGCAUAAGUAUUAAAAAAAAAAAGAGAAAUAAAAGUGUAUAAGAAGAAGGGUGGGUUUGAGAAAAGUUGUGAGAUUAGUGGACAAGGGUUUCCUUUGGCGGCACUUUGUUUUGGCUUGAGUCCCCACUUUGCACUUCAAAUAUCUCUCUUUCUCUAUUCUCAGAUCCAUUGCUUUCUCUCACCGCUUCUGCUCCCAAUCUUUCACCACCACCAGCUAGCUAGCUAGCACUUGCUCCUGCAAAUGGCGGCUUCUGGGGUUCAUUCUAGCAGGCAAAUGAGGAGGUUGGAAUCGAGGAAGUCACAUUCUUGGUGGUGGGAUAGUCACAUCAGUCCUAAGAAUUCCAAGUGGCUUUCAGAAAAUCUUGAAGAGAUGGACCGGAAUGUGAAGCGAAUGUUGAAGCUGAUAGAAGAGGACGCAGACUCAUUUGCUAAAAAAGCUGAGAUGUAUUAUCAGAAGAGGCCAGAUUUGAUUGCUCUGGUUGAGGAGUUUUACCGUGGUUACCGGGCUCUGGCUGAACGUUAUGAUCAUGUGACAGGAGAAUUGCGGAAGAAUAUACCCUCUGAUCUCCAAUCCCAAGGUUCAGGCAUUUCAGAUGCUGGCUCUGAACCAUCCUCCACCUGGCCCUCUCCAACUCCAAGGAAGGGGGGUCGCCUUAAAUCUAGUAACCGAGCUGCUGGGUUUGAUUUCUUUCUAGGCUCUAGUGGAAAUGGUUCUGAUGUAUACCAAAAAGAUGGAGAUGAGUCCUCUACUUUGACAGAUUCUGAGGAGGAAUCUGAUGAUUCGUCAGUUAAUAAUUAUUCAGGCUUCUCAAGGAAUGGUAGUAGUGAUCUGGGGAUGAACAGAAGAAUAAUGGAGUUGGAAACUGAGCUCCGUGAGGUAAAAGAAAAGCUAUGGAUGCAGGAAGAGGACCAUGCAGAGGUUUCAUCUAGGGGAGCAAGAAAUGAGAAUAGUGAAGAUGUUGUCACCAAAAUUAAUGCAUAUGAACAAGAACUGAUGACUGUAAAUGAGAAGUUAAGGCUCUCAGAAGAAGAAAUUACUAAGCUGAAGAUUGAGCUUCAAAAAUACAGAUUCUUUGAUAAAGAAAAUUUGGAGGCUGGUUUUGAGUUAUCAUCAACUAAAGAACAUAUCAAUGAUGGAGUGGAAGCCCUGGAAGACAGGACUAUAGAGGUUGAAGGAAGUACUGAUGGUGUGGACAAGGCAUUGUUUAAGCCAAAUGGUGAGAUCGAGUCACUUGGAAUGGAGCUAAGACUAACCAAAGAAAAUCUCAAAGCUUCAGAAACACAAAUUACUUCACUGAAAUUUGAGGCCAAUAAAUCAUCUGAAAGAAUUCAGAAGUUGCAGGAUCAGCUUGACUUGGCUCGUAAAGAUAUUGCUAUUUGGAAAACCAAAUUCAAUAGUGAGAAAAGAGAGAGCACAAAACUCCACGAAAGACUUGCAAGGUUAAAGACUAGUCUAUCAGAUCGUGAUCACGAGAUCAGGGAUUUGAAAACAGCAGUAUCUGAUGCUGAGCAGAAAAUCUUCCCGGAGAAAUCUCAGUUGAAGUCUGAAAUGUCUAGGUUGCUGGAGGAACGAACUCAUUUGGAAGAGCAGAUCAGAGAAUGGGAAUGUCGAGGGCGUUCAUUUGAAGAGGAGAUCAGAAAGAUCCAGUCUGAAAAAAUAGAGAUGGAGGAGGCAUUCAAGAGUGAGAUUCAACUGCUAAAGACAGACAUUGAGCAGAGAGAGAACAACAUAAAGGAUCUUAACAUAAGCCUUGAUACUUUAAAUCUAGAGAAAGAUAAUCUCCGUGUAGAAGUUGGUUCACUGAAGGAAGAGGUGAACUCCAAAGAUGGUAGGAUUGAACACCUGAACAGCCAUUUGAACCAGCUGCACAUGGAGCAUGUACAACUGAUUGCUGGAAUGGAGGAGGCACAUAAACAAGUGGAAGAACUAAAAUCAAAAGCUAAGCAACUUGAGGAAGAGGUCGAGAGGCAAAAAACUGUGAUCACAGAAGGAGCAGAAGAGAAACGUGAGGUCAUAAGGCAGCUAUGUUUCUCACUGGAGCACUAUAGAGAUGGCUAUAAUAUGCUUCGGCAGCAUGUUAUGGGGCACAAACGGGUUCCAGUUUUGGCUGCCUAGUUAAUAAAUUUGAGCUUGAUCUUGUACAUUGUUUUGGCUAUCUUAAUUUCUCUGCCUGGGAUGUUUUCCUGAUGUUAUGGAUUGGUUCUAGUGUACAUGAGUCAAGGUUAUGUGUAUUAAUUAGUACGGACAAGUGACGACCAUGUUUACAUGGUUUAAUUUACACUCUGGCUUGUUAGCUAUACUUCUAAACAUAUACUGAUGCCAUUGCCAAGUGUCAUCCGAUUCUAGUAAGAAGCUGUGCAAAGGAACCCUUCCUUAAGGGCUCACGAGAGAUUCAAAAUUUGCCUUGUUUGGUCUAAUGGUCUGAUGUGAAUGGUUGUGCAACCUUUUUAUGGCUUUCUCUUGCAGUAAAUAUAUAAUGCUUUUGGUGAA